AAUAAGCCGAUAAGGUACGCGGCAGACCGUGAAUUUUUAUUUCUUUUUGGCGCUUCACUUCACUCUCUCCCCCUAUCCCGUCAAUCAAACACGCUGCCGCUCCUACUCUGUCUUCACCAGCUCCGGCGGUCCGAUGUCCGUUCCUCUCUUCAACCUCGCUCCCAAUCUCUCCGUCUCCAGGCUCUGCUUAGGCACGAUGACCUUCGGGGAGCAGAACUCCCUCCCCCAGUCCUUCCACCUCCUCGACCAGGCCCUCGAUUCCGGCAUCAACUUCUUCGACUCCGCUGAGAUGUACCCGGUCCCUCAGCGGCAGGAGACUCAGGGCCGAAGCGAGGAGUGUCUCGGCCGCUGGAUUACGGAUCGGAAAAUCCCUCGGGACCGCAUCGUCUUGGCCACAAAGGUGACCGGCCCGUCUGGGCGAAUGACAUGGAUUAGAGGAGGACCGAAUUGUUUGAAUUCGAGAAACAUAUCCGAGGCCAUUGACAAUAGUCUGUUGCGACUGCAGACGGAUUAUAUUGAUCUUUAUCAAAUCCACUGGCCUGAUCGAUAUGUACCAAUGUUUGGAGAGUUAGAGUAUGACCCCACUCGUCAGUUCAGCUCAAUUGGUGUAGAGGAGCAACUUCAUGCACUUGGUAGAGCUGUUGCUGCUGGUAAGAUCAGAUAUGUGGGGCUCAGCAAUGAAACACCUUAUGGUGUUAUGAAAUUCCUGCAUGCUUCUGAAAGAGUGGCUUCCUAUCCUAAGAUAGUCUCGGUGCAGAACUCUUACAACUUGCUUUGUCGAACGUUCGACUUAGGGUUGGCAGAAUGCUGUCAUCAUGAGAGGAUCAGCUUAUUGGCCUAUAGCCCUCUUGCUAUGGGAAUUCUUUCCGGAAAAUACUUCUCACCUGAUGGUGGCCCACUAGAUUCUCGGUUGAAUCUCUUUAAAGGGAGGUAUGCUGAAGGGGAAUCAAGAUAUAAUUUAUGUAAUAGCACCAUAAAAGCAGCAAUCAUGGGUUACCUUACUAUUGCAGAAAAAUACGGUGUUCAUCCCAUAGCUCUUGCAAUUGGCUUCGUGUUGAGACAUCCUCUGGUAGCAAGUGCCGUGUUUGGAGCCACCAAGCCUUGGCAGCUUCAGGAGGUUGUUAACACUUGCAAUACUAAGCUCUGCCCCGAAUUAAUCUUGGAAAUUAAUCAUAUUCAUGCUAGAUUCCCUGACCCAUGUCCUUGACAGCGAAUUGAUUCUCCAUUGAUUUCUUUGUUGUCUCAAUGUGAAAUGAGUCUUGUCGAACUAGUGUCACAGCCAAGCUGUGUCUUUCAUUACCAAUGAUUACUAAUUCGUGUUUAAUCACAGGAUUUAGUACAGGCCUUGUCGAUGGAAAGGCUUCUGCUGAUUCUUGUUUCAUGUGGUGUAAUUUACAAACAGUAAUGCCUUUUCCAUUGAAAA